CGUGGUCCGUGGUCUUCAGAAUUGUGCUGCUGCCGAUUAUGGCGUCGAUCGGGAGCUGCAAUCACGAUUUGUACGUGAAGCGGCUCGAGCGGUUUCGGCAACAGUCAAAUUUGCCAAUGGUUUCUUCGAUGCAGCCACGAACGACUGCAACCGACUUCUCUACUUUAACUGUGGUGACGGGCGAUGGUUCAAAAGAUUUGAUACUGAAGCUCAUGUAA